CCCCCUCGUGCAGGAGCACCCCCCCGGCUGAUUGGCCCCUCUGUGGCGUAUCCUCGGGCUGGCAGCCAGGCGGGCGCGUCACGUGGCCGAUCAGCGUCCAGGGCACCGAGCAGCGGCCGGGCAUGGACCCUCAGACCGCCGGGGCCCAGGCGUUGGGGACCGCGGAGUUGCCUCGGGGUCCGCCGUUGCCGUACGCGCGGAAGGCGUUCCCCAGCUCAGGGGUUCGCUUUGCCCCAGACGACCACUCCGGUCAGGACAGCGAGAUUGAGAAGGCCCCAGAUGGACUAGCCAGUGAAGCGCGGAGCGUCCCUAAUGAUAGUCCUGCUGAUGGUGAGGGCACCCGUCCUGAAGAAGGCGGCUUUGCUGUGGAUGGCGAUUCUGAGGGGGAACCCAAUGCCUGGGAGCUGUCAGAAGGGGUGUCCGGCUGUCCGCCCAAGGAACAGGCUGAUGAUCUCUUUCAUGAGGAUUGGGACUUGGAAUUGAAAACAGAUCAAGGGAAUCCGUAUGAUGCUGACGACAUCCAGGGCUGCAUUUCUCAAGAGGUGAAACCUCGGGUGUACUGCACCCCACAAGGAGAUAUGAUCUAUGACCCCAGUUGGCACCAUCCACCUCCACUGAUACCCCACUAUUCCAAGAUGGUCUUUGAAACGGGACAGUUUGAUGAUGCUGAAGACUGAGUGCAGCUUUUUUUUGCCUGGCAGGUGGGUGGGCCUCCAGAUCAAGGUCGCUGUUCCUUUCUGUGAGGUGAGAUGUCAUAUCUGAGGAAACAUUCCCAGUGAUCCCCGGGUCGGGCACACAGACUGAUGUUAAAUAAGGUCCCGCUGUCCCCUAAUUGUGUUGUUGUUUUUAAUGAGCUCCUUCUUGGACAUGUGAAUGUUUGGGUCUGUGUCAGGAGGAGGACUUGAAUGCUCUUUAUAAAUAAAGGUAGA